AUGACGAUAAAUGAUUUAUUCGGCGAUGAGAAGAAGCGAAGUAAUUUAGUGGACAAAAAUAUUGUAAAUAAUAGUAACAGUAACGGUGUGGUUAACAAUAAUAAUAACAAUAGUAGCAAGAAAGAUUGUACAAGCAGCGAUGAAAUUCGAAAAGAUGAACGCAAAAACUCGAGUAGAUGGAAAAAGGAAGAAGGCGAAAGUCCUGACUCGGGCUUUGUCGACGAAACCGGUGACAGCGAUCGAGAACAUCCACAACAUAAUGUUCUUGAAAGUAUAAUCGAGGAUUUUGGACGGGUCUCACCAAUUCUUUCACCUCCACGACAACCGAGCUCACGUCUGCCGCCUCUCACCCAUCAGGAUGGGUAUCCGUCUUUGAAAUGUGUCAUCGAUAUUUCUUCACUGCACUCAGCUGACAGAAGACGUUUGCAAGCAAAACUUUCUUCAUUAGAGCAUGCCACAAUUUUACCGCCCAAGCCAGUUCUGUCACCACCUCGUCGACCCACUUCAGCCUUAAAGCUCGCUCAGAAUAGCUCCUCUUCACCACCUCACUCAGAUGGCCGAAGCAGUGUCUCGCCGAAACGGCCAUCAAGCCGAACAGGCGGCGAUUCGUUGCCUUCGCAUUUGCCUCAGACAACCGCCUCAUCAUCAGCCGCCAACCCGUUAGUCUCAGAUAAUCGAUCGCAAUCUCCGUUGCUCACAUCGAAACGUGCCACCGCUCUAAAGGAAACGGCAAGUGAGGCGUCCAAAUUGGAUAAGGAAAAGGAUUCCUCAAGGCACCAGCGCAACAAUAAUAGUGUUAUUAGUACAUCGUCGUCAGCGUUAUCUUCACCAACAACGAAACAAUUCGAUGAGAAUAGUAAUAAUAACAAUAGUAUUAACUGUGAUCGUGUGAAAGAGAAACAGCCAAAAAUAAAUCGAGAAAAACAAAAGAAUAAGGAAAAAUUGUCGUCAUCGUCUUCUUCGUUAUUGAAAAAUUCCAUUUCAUCGUCUGCGGCGAGUGCCUCAGCGGGUUCAGGUGAAAAAAGCAAAGAUAAGGAGAAGAUGAAGUCAAAAUCGAGAAAACGGGAUGCAAGUAGCACCAAAGAUGAUGCGUCAACCGAUGGAACACCAUCGCAGAAGCGUUCGUUGUCGAAGGAAAAGCAACAAAAGAAAGAUUUGAUUGUGAAUAAUAAUAACAGUAUUAAUGGUAAUAACAAGAAGAUAAGAGAUCGGAGUCAAACGGCUUCAACCGAACGAUCCACCGAAGUGAAGGAGAAGGGUGAGAGGGCCGAGAAAUUGGCGUCGAAGAGUAAUGAAGAUGAAGGUGAACUACGUUCAACUAAUUGGAAAGAAUCGAAAAAGUUGACUGAAGUGGCCAGCAGUGAGAAACAACGGAAUGAGUUAAAUAAGGCAAAUAAUGUGACCGCAAAGGAUCGCAAAGAACAGCCACUCUCUGUUACGUCAACACCCACCACGUCGUCGUCGAAAUGCACGGCUGAAAAUGCAGAUUCUUCGAAAAGGGUUUGUUUGUGUUGUUUGUUUUAUCCUCUUUAA